UAUCAUUGGACACAAACAGCUGUUGACUGAAAACAAACUUGUUUCAAUUUAUAAAGUAGCUUCUGUAUUAUGGUACAGGAGUUGAAUAACAGUGGACUAGUUAUUGAAACCUCGUUGCAGGUGCCAAAAGACAAAGAGGCUCAUGAAGUGGAAUGGCAGCAGUACAUCACUGGAGUAGCAGCAUGUUUGAGCCUGGUGGCUUCUGGAGCCUGGUUCAGCUGGCCAGCGCCUCUUCUUCCUCGACUUGUGGGUCCGGACAGUCCUGUACCUAUGACUCCAGAGGAAGCCUCUUGGGUGGUAUCCAGUGUGGAAGUGGGAUGUCUUUUUAGUCCUUUCCCAUCAACUUUCCUCGCUGACCAUUAUGGACGCAAGCUCUCUAUGCUAUUCGCUACACCACUCUUCUUUAUUGGCCUCUGUCUCACCAUCUACAUCAAAACAUUUUGGUCUCUAUGUCUGGCCAGAUUUGUUGCAGGUUUCUCCAUGGGAAUCCCAUGGACAAUUUUACCUCUGUACCUUGGAGAAAUUGCAACUCCAAAAGCCAGAGGGGCAAUCACGAGUUUUUUUCAUGUAGCUUGGGGAUUGGGGUGUUUAUUUCCCUAUUGUGUUGGACCAUUUUUACCUUUUGACAUGUUCACAUACGUCACUUUCUCCUUGUCUGUUAUUUUCUUGAUUUGUUUUGCAUGGCAACCUGAAAGCCCUUACUAUUAUGUAAUGAGAGGGAAGCCAAAAGAAGCUAGUAAAAUGUUAAAGAUACUUAGAGGAUCACACGCGCCCGAUUUGCUCCAAAAAGAACUAGAGGAAAUACAACUAGAAGUGAAGAAAAGUUUAGAAGAGAAAGCAUCUUGGAUAGACAUUUUCACAAAUCCAGCAGAUAGAAAAGCUCUUCUUUUAAUUAUUAUUGUUGGCGUGGUAUCGUUUCUGAGUGGGCAAAACGCUAUACUAACUUACGCAACUGAUACUUUUUCUAAAUUUUCAAAUAAUUUCAUCGCCCCAGAUUAUAUUACCAUAGCAGUCGGUGUUGUUGCUCUUCUAGGAAGUGUGUUCAGUGUUUUCACAUCUGAUAGAUUUGGAAGACGUUUUCUAUUGUUAAUAUCAUCUAUUGGAUGUAUGAUUAGUUUAGUUAUUGCUUCUGCCUAUUUCUACCUGGACUCCAACACAAGUGUUGAUGUAUCCUCGUAUUCUUGGGUUGCCCCAGUGGCAAUCAUGUCCUACAACUUGUUUGUUACUGCAGGAAUGCAUCCUGUUUGUGUCACUUACACGUCAGAGCUGUUCCUAACAAGUACUCGAGGAGUGGCAUCAAGCAUAUCUGGCAUCAAUUUGACAUUCUGUUCCUUUCUGGUUUUGAAAUUCUACGAGCCUAUUUCAGCAGCAAUGGGAAUAUAUUUUGCUUAUUUAUGUUAUGCCUUAACUUGCCUCAUUGGCAUGGUCUUGUUCUACUAUAUGAUGCCAGAAACUAAAGGAAAAACUUUUCUUGAAAUUAGGGAAUCUUUAAAAAGAUAAUUCAAUUUCUUGAUUUGUUACUUUUAAUUACAUCAAACAAUUAAUUAAAACUAUUUCCUUAUGAAAAUUAUAUUUCCCCUUUAAUGUAAUUAUAAUGUGAAAAUAUUAAAUUUACCUCAAUAUAAAAUGUUAUACUUCUGGUUAUAAAAAAUUAAAUGUGCAUUUUCAGAGGAGGAGCUGUGGAACUUUCAAACCACUAGAGGAAAAUAUAAAAACCCUUUUAAAAAGGUGAAUUUUUGAUGAUAAAUGAAGGAGUAUAAAGGAGUAAAUAAUUUGUACAUAUAAUGUAUUGUCAGUCUUAAAAUCUCAAAUAAAAACAGGUAUUUUACUUUAGGAAUGAUAAA